UCCUCGAGGACUGAUCAACUAAUUGUAAAUAUUAACAUCCUCGUGUUAAGGACUUGGGCGUACAAGCGGAAGGAAGGAAAACCGCGCCCAAAUACAAUAAUGCGUAAUUCAUAAUUCAAAUCUGAUAAAACUGUAAACAGCUUAAGAUAAUUAAUUCGUCCAGAAAUUCUAAUCUAGUUUAAGAUGAAUCUAUUUAAUAAAUUGUUGUGUUUGUUGAUAAUCUACGCUAGCUUAGUUUCGAUAGAUGCAAUCCCCAAUAAUCCUACUUCCUAUAAAAUUGGUGGAGUUCUUUCACUAAAUUCGAGUCAAGUGCACUUCAAGCAGACUAUAGAAAAUUUAAAUUUUGAUCUUCAAUAUGUUAAUCGCGGGGUUGUAUUUUAUCAUACAGUUAUGACUAUGGAUUCAAAUCCAAUAAGAACAGCUCUAAGUGUCUGCAAAUCGCUAAUUUCUGAACGAGUUUACGCGAUUGUUGUUUCUCAUCCACUUGUUGGUGACUUGUCACCAGCAGCAGUGUCUUAUACUGCUGGUUUUUAUCAUAUACCAGUUAUAGGAAUUUCUUCACGAGACUCAGCAUUCUCUGACAAGAAUAUUCACGUGUCCUUCUUGAGGACAGUGCCGCCAUACUCACAUCAAGCAGAGGUCUGGGUAGAAAUGCUUAAAUUCUUCAACUACAUGAAGGUGAUAUUCAUCCACAGCUCGGACACUGACGGACGUGCACUGCUGGGUCGUUUUCAGACGACGUCGCAGAGCCUCGAGGACGACAUUGAAAUCAAAGUACAUGUGGAGACUGUGAUUGAGUUUGAACCGGGUCUCGAUUCCUUUAAGGCUCAUCUCAACGAAAUAGCAGAAGCUCAGGCACGAGUUUGUCUCAUGUAUGCUAGCACCAGAGAUGCAGAAAUUAUAUUUCGCGAUCUUGGUAUUAUGAAUAUGACGGGAUCCGGUUACGUUUGGAUCGUCACCGAGCAGAGUCUUGAAGCUAAAAAUGCUCCUGAAGGUCUUAUUGGACUUAAAUUAGUAAACGCAUCUGAUGAAAAAGCUCACAUUACGGAUAGUUUAUAUGUUCUGGUUUCGGCGUUACGAGAAAUGAAUGAAACAAAAGAGAUAACUGAAGCUCCAAAAGACUGCGACAACUCGGGAUCUAUUUGGGAAACUGGUAAAGAUUUGUUCGGAUUUAUUCGAAAGCAAGUAUUGGAGAAAGGGGCUACUGGUAGAGUGGCUUUUGAUGACAAUGGCGACCGGAUUUACGCUGAAUACGACAUUAUUAACAUUAAAGUAGGAGGACUUAAAGUUCCUAUCGGACAAUACUACUUCUCUCUUGAGCCGCGUAAAAUGAGAUUGUCAUUAAAUGAAACGUCAAUAUUGUGGCCCGGACGUCAAACAGUAAAGCCCGAAGGUUUAAUGAUUCCGACGCAUCUUAAAGUGCUGACGAUUCAAGAGAAACCUUUUGUCUAUGUACGAGAAACUCAAGAAGAUGAAUGCGCUCCAGAUGAGGUCCUUUGUCCCCAUUAUGAUAAUUCUAAAAUGAAUAUUACAACGCGUUACUGCUGCAAAGGCUACUGCAUAGAUUUACUAAAAGAAUUAGCAAGAACUGUUAACUUUACGUAUGAUCUAGCUCUGUCGCCUGACGGACAGUUUGGUCACUACGUAAUUAAAAAUCUUAAUGCUGUUGGUGGGAAGAAAGAAUGGACUGGAUUAAUUGGAGAACUAGUUUACGAGAGAGCUGACAUGAUUGUGGCGCCGCUAACAAUAAAUCCGGAGCGCGCAGAGUUCAUUGAGUUCAGCAAACCUUUCAAGUAUCAGGGGAUAACUAUCCUGGAAAAAAAACCGUCGCGAUCAUCGACACUGGUGUCUUUCCUUCAACCUUUCAGCAACACCCUUUGGAUCCUGGUGAUGGUAUCGGUGCACGUGGUUGCGCUUGUCCUGUACCUCCUCGACCGGUUUUCACCUUUCGGGAGGUUCAAGCUAGCUAACGCUGACGGCACCGAAGAGGACGCCUUGAACCUCUCCAGCGCCGUGUGGUUCGCCUGGGGUGUGCUGCUGAAUAGCGGGAUUGGCGAAGGCACUCCUAGAAGUUUUUCCGCCCGCGUACUUGGUAUGGUAUGGGCUGGAUUCGCGAUGAUCAUUGUGGCUUCUUAUACUGCCAACUUGGCGGCUUUCCUCGUCUUGGAACGUCCCAAGACCAAGCUAACUGGCAUUAAUGAUGCACGACUGAGAAAUACCAUGGAAAAUUUAACUUGUGCGACAGUUAAAGGUUCGGCGGUAGACAUGUACUUCAGGAGACAAGUUGAAUUGUCAAAUAUGUACCGAACAAUGGAAGCCAAUAAUUAUGAUACUGUAGAGGAAGCAAUACAUGAUGUUAAAAUUGGUAAAUUAAUGGCCUUUAUCUGGGAUAGUUCACGAUUGGAGUUUGAGGCCGCUAAAGACUGUGAAUUAGUUACUGCUGGUGAAUUAUUUGGGCGAUCUGGUUACGGAGUCGGUCUUCAAAAAGGAUCGCCCUGGGCUGACGCUGUUACUUUAUCUAUUUUAGAUUAUCAUGAAAGUGGUUUUAUGGAAACGUUAGAUAAAAAAUGGAUACUGCAAGGCAGUCUACAGCAUUGCGAAAUAAACGACAAUACUCCCAACACUUUGGGGUUGAAGAAUAUGGCUGGUGUAUUUAUUCUCGUGGCGAUAGGGAUUGUAGGCGGUGUCGGAUUAAUUAUCAUUGAAGUCGCUUACAAAAAGCACCAGAACAAGAAGCAGAAGAGGCUGGAUAUCGCGCGGCACAUGGCUGAGAAAUGGAGACGGAACGUUGAGAAACGUAAAAUGCUUCGCGCCCAAAUGAUGGGACCGCAGACAUCGCAGCAAAGAGUUUCUACUUUCAAUAAGCCCGGAACGUCAACAGUGAGUCUGGCUGUCGACAAUGCUGUUGCUAGCACGAGUUAUUCACCUCGAGCCAGUCCUCGCAGUCCCGCUAGAGCUUGGCCAGGUGACAGAGACUUUAGACCGCGGGAUAGAGGACGUCCUGAAGAGAUUAGACUGUCUCCUAUUACGUAUCCUGUUGAUAUUUCUCAUCUUGUUGUUUAA